AUGGCCCAGAAGCCUACUUCCGCUCAAUUGGAUCAGGCGACGCCUCCGGCAGGCCUCGGCGCCCACCACGACCGCGCCUACCUCGAUCGCCUGUCGGGCACCUGGAAGUACGAGGACGACGAUGGGCAGGAGUGGGAAUGGCAGCUCAUCCCCGUGCAACCGACCCCUAAGCAGCCAUCCGAACCUCCGCACGCUGCCCAUGGCCACAGUCCUCAAGAUCAGGCUGUAUCCCCACACCUUCCUUCGACGUCCGCGUCCGAUGCUUCAACCCUCUCUGCAACUGAACGGCCCGGGCGUUGGGUCAGGGUGGUCGACGACGAGCUGAUCCGCGCGCAGCAGGCUGCCUACGGAUCAAACGACGCCGAUGCAAGCCACGACAUAGUGGAUGCGGGCACAUCAACCGCCCCUUCUGCUGCCGUGAAACAGAACAAGAAACGCAAGGCCGGCGCCGAUGGUCCAUCCUCGUCUGCCGCAGGCGGGCAUCACACCACGACGGCGCCCAACAAGAAACCCAAGCCCGUCACCUCGCUCUACAUCACUGGACUUCCCCUCGACUGCACUGCCGACGAAAUCGCCUCGGUCUUUUCGCGCUACGGCCUCCUGCUCGAGGACGACGAGGGCAAGCCUAGAAUCAAGAUGUACCGCGAUCAGGCCACCGGCCAGUUCAAGGGCGAGGCGCUGGUCGUCUACUUUAAGCCCGAGAGCGUGGACCUCGCCAUUAACCUCCUCGACGACACCUGCCUAAGGGCCGCGACUGGGCAAACCAGCGGUCCCAGGAUGCAGGUGCAACGAGCGCAGUUCCCCUCUGCCAGCGAUGUUCAAAAGGGCAAUGGCCCAUCCGCGGACGCAAAGCCACCGGCAGCAUCGGCACCAUCUGAACAUCCGUCGUCCAAUCCGCAGCCCGCCGGCAGCAGUGACAAGAGCGGCGCUCCGUCGUCCUCGCAACAGCUCGACGCAGGCGGCGCCGUCUCACGCAGAAAUCUCUCGGACCAGGAACGCCGACGUAUCCAGAAGCGGGUAGCCCGUAUGGAGGACAAACUGACAGGGUGGGACUCAUCCGACGAGGAUUCCGCGGCGCCAUCGAAUUCUGCGGCCCCGCCGCAGGCACGCACGGUGGUGCUCAAAAAGAUGUUUACGCUGGUCGAGCUCGACGAAGAUCCGACCCUGCUGCUGGAUCUCAAGGAAGACGUCAGGGAAGAGUGCGAAGGGAUCGGCAGGGUGACCAACGUCGUCCUGUGGGACAGGGAGCCCGAGGGCGUUAUGACGAUCAAGUUUGCCGACCCGCUCGCGGCCGCCGAAUGCGUGAAGAAGAUGGACGGGCGAUACUUUGCCGGACGUCGUAUCGAUGCGUUCCUGAUCGGGUCCAAGCCGCGGUUUAGGAAAUCCGACAAGGCGGGCAACGACGACGACAACGACGAAGAGGAUGGCGGAGACAAGAGGAGGGUCGACGCCUUUGGUGCCUGGCUCGAGAACGCCGACGGCUGA